AUGGGUCAUAGACAUGGAAAACAUACAUUUACUGAAAGAGAUGUACAAGUUUUAGUUAAAUCAAGUGGUAAAACUGAAAAUGAAAUUCGCCAAUGGUAUGAAGAAUUUCGUAAAGAAAGUGAUGGUGCAGAUCGAAUGAAUAAACGACAAUUUCAAUCGUAUUAUACAAAAUUAAAGCAAAACACAAAAUUAGAAGAAAUUACAGAUCAUAUUUUUCGAGUAUUUGAUACUGAUCAUUCUGGCACAAUUGAUUUCUCCGAAUUUCUUAUUGCUUACCUCGCAACAACUGUAGGAUCAAGUCGUCAAAAAUUUGAAUAUGCGUUUGAAUUAUUUGAUAUAAACGAAAAUGAGAAAAUUGAAAGGAAGGAGGCAGAAAAAAUGCUUAGCAUUAUAUGUCGAAUUAUUGGCGUAUCACAAGAAGAUGCGAAGCUGUAUACAACAACAAUCAUGCUUUCAUUUGAUACGAAUCAAGAUAAAAUUAUAACAAGAGAAGAGUUUGUGACUGGCUGUUUGCAUGAUUCAACAUUAGGCGAGAUUGUUAAUGCAUUCAAUCUGUAG